AGCAGUUGGAGCUGGUGCACAGGAAGGAUGAGGAAGACCAGGCUCUGGGGGCUGCUGUGGAUGUUCUUUGUCUCAGAACUCCUAGCUGCAACUAAAUUAACUGAGGAAAAGUAUGAACUGAAAGAGGGGCAGACCCUGGAUGUGAAAUGUGACUACAUGCUAGAGAAGUUUGCCAGCAGCCGGAAAGCUUGGCAGAUAAUAAGGGACGGAGAGAUGCCCCAGACCCUGGCAUGCACAGAGAGGCCUUCCCAUCCAGUCCAAGUGGGGAGGAUCAUACUAGAAGACUACCAUGAUCAUGGUUUACUGCACGUCCGAAUGACCAACCUUCAAGUGGAAGACUCUGGACUGUAUCAGUGUGUGAUCUACCAGCCUCCCAAGGAACCUCACGUGCUGUUCGAUCGCAUCCGCUUGGUGGUGACCAAGGGUUCUUCAGGUACCCCUGGCUCCAGUGAGAAUUCUACCCCGAAUGUGUAUAAGACUCCUCCGACCACCACUAAGGCCUUGCGCCCACUCUAUACCAGCCCCACAACUGUGACCCAAGCUCCACCCAAGUCAACUGCCGAUGUCUCCACUCCUGACUCUGAAAUCAACCUUACAAAUGUGACAGAUAUCAUCAGUCCAGGGGGAAGAUCUAUUCUGCUACAUGCUGUAAACUGUAGAAAAGGCUACUCCGUUAUCAUGUUGCUGUCCAGGGUUCCUGUGUUCAACAUUGCCAUUCUCGUGGCUGGUGGAUUCCUGAGUAAGAGCCUGGUCUUCUCUGUCCUGUUUGCUGUCACGCUGAGGUCAUUUGUACCCUAGGCCCACGAACCCAUGAGAAUGUCCUCUGACUUCCGGCCACAUCCAUCUGGCAGUUGUGCCAAGGGAGGAGGGAGGAGGUAAAAGGCAGGGAGUUAAUAACAUGAAUUAAAUCUGUAAUCACA